ACUAAUUUCAAUUAACUACCAGUCUCCACAACAUCAUAUUCUCCAAUUCCAUCUUACCUGAUAAGAUCACGUUGAUCUCAUCCUCACCACUCGUCCGUUAACACAUCUGUUAGUGUUGUUAGUUCCUGUUUGUUUGAUUUUUACUAGUUAGCAGCAUCGUUGCUCCACGUUUGAUUUCAAUUUUAAAUUUUGACCGUCAUUUUUAUUUUUGACCGUCAAUUUCAAAGCACAUAACUAAAUAUCCUACACCUCAAAUAAUUCAAUUCAAGUCAAGUCCUAUCAUAUCAUAUCAUAUCAUAUCAUAUACAUAGUUCACGAAAUCCAACCAUAAUUGAAUAUGUCGUUUUCAUCAUUAGAUGAUUUGGAUGAUGAUCCCUUGAACAAGAUGAGAGGGCAACAAAGGGUUUUCAAAACUCAAUUGACUAUUUGUCUUUUCAUAGGUAUAGGUUCAUUCUUCUUAUUUUGUAUACUAAGACAUAGAUGGCCUCAUAUUUAUGCGGUUAGAACAUUAAGAAAAUCUUACAAUAGUGCCAGAAUUAAACCAUUACCAAAAGGAUAUUUUGGUUGGAUAUUCGUUAUCUUUGCCAUAACAGAUGAUGAAAUCUUAAAUUAUUCGGGUUUAGAUGCUUAUGUUUAUCUUGAAUUCUUCAAAAUGGGUAUCAAGAUUUUUCUGAUCUUAUCUAUUUUGGCAGUUAUAGUCUUAAGUCCAAUCCGAUAUUAUUUUACAGGUAAUUAUGAUAAAGAUAAUAUUCAUUGGUUGAUGGUACGAUCCCUUUACCAUUAUAGUUUUGAUGAUCCAAAUAAUCCUCCUGACUUUAGUGAUGAUUUCCCUCAAUUCAUGUGGGUAUAUCCCAUUUUCACUUACUUAUUUUCAAUCAUAAUUUAUUAUUAUCUUUAUGAGUACACAACAAAAGUUUUAAAAAUAAGACAAAAAUAUUUGGCAUCUCAAAAUUCAAUUACUGAUAGAACCAUAAGAUUAGAUGGAAUUCCAAAAAAAUUAUUAAACAUCGAUAAAUUAAAAGAAUUUGUUGAAAAUCUUCAAAUUGGUAAAGUUUCUGAUAUCAAAUUAAUCUAUGAUUGGACUCCAUUAGAGAAAUUAUUCAAUAAUAGAAAAAAACUUAUUAGCAAAUUAGAAAGUCAUUAUUCAUCAAAAUACAACUUAAAGGUUGAUAUUUAUGAUCAAAAUAAAAUACCAUCAGUUUUACCUGAUUAUGAAAACCCUAACUUGAAUAAUAAUGAAUUAAAAGCUAUCAAGAUUGAUAAACAAAUUAAACUAUUAUCCCAAGAGCUAGUAGAAAUCGACAGUCAAAUACGUCAAAUUCAACAAAAUAUUGAAAAUCCUGAUUUUAAACAAAUCAAUAGUGCAUUUAUAACCAUGGAAUCAGUUGCUUCUGCUCAAAUGGCAUCUCAAACCUUAUUAGAUCCUCGAGUUUAUAAAUUAAUGGUUAGUUUGGCUCCAGCUCCAAAGGAUAUACAAUGGAAAAAUUAUAAAUUAACCUAUUUAAGAAGACUUAUAAAAUCAUAUUCAGUUACAAUCAUUAUCGUUCUAAGCUAUGCUUUCAUAAUUUUUUUAGUUGUUCCAUUAGCUUCCUUAUUAGAAAUUAAAACUAUAACUAAAUUCUGGCCUGCUUUAGGAAAAUUAAUAAGUACUUCACCAUGGUUAACUACAUUUGUUACUGGUAUUUUACCUCCAUUAUUAUUUUCAGCUUUAAGUGUUCUGACUCCAUUUUUUUAUAAAUAUUUAUCCCAAAUUCAAGGUUAUUCAUCAAAUAGUGAGAUUGAAUUAUCAACCUUAUCAAAAAAUUUCUUUUACAAUUUCUUUGUGUUAUUUUUAGUGUUUGUUAUUACAGGUACGAUUUGGGAUUAUUUAUCUUAUAUUAGUGACACCACUAAAAUAGCUUAUAAGUUAGCUUCGUCCUUAAAAAAUAAAUCAUUAUUUUAUGUUGAUUUAAUAUUAUUACAAGGUUUAGCCAUGUUCCCCGUUAAAUUAUUACAAAUUAGUGAUUUCGUUAUUCUUAAUGUUAUUGGAAAAUUAUUCUUGAUUAAAAAUAUGUUUUUAAAGACUCCAAGAGAUUAUAGAGCUUAUUAUUUUACCCCUCAAAUCUUUGAUUUUGGUAUUCACUUACCCCAACAUAUCUUAAUUUUCAUUAUAAUUUUGAUUUAUUCUGUUUUAUCAACCAAGAUUGUAACCAGUGGAUUGGUAUAUUUCAUUUUAGGAUAUUUUGUUUAUAAAUAUCAAUUAGUUUAUAAUUUUGUUCAUCCUCCUCAUUCCACAGGUAAAGUUUGGCCCAUGAUAUUUAGAAGAAUUCUUUUAGGCUUAAUUAUAUUCCAAUUAUUUAUGUGUGGAACCAUGGCUUUAGAAAGUGCUAUAUUAUUAUCAGUUUUGUGUGCACCUUUAGUUAUAAUCACCAUAUUUAUAUUCUGGAACUUUGAAAAAUAUUAUGUUCCAUUAAAUACUUUUAUUGCUUUGAGGGCUAUUCAAAAUCCAUUCAAUUUUGAUAAAGAAUUUGACGAUGAUAGAUCGAGUCUGGAACAGCCAAAAGAAGAUGAAGACUUCCCUGGAAAUCUUUCGCUGGUACUUGACGAAUCAUCAUUCCUAAUUGGAGGUGAUCAUUCCAUAUAUAAUCAAACUACCGCCUUAAGUAGAAGACGAUCCACCAUUGACGAAGAGAGAGAACAAUUCUCUGAUUAUACAUAUCCAUACUUGAUAGAUCCAUUACAUGGACCAUGGGUUGGAUUCGAAGGUGAUAUAAUAUCGAUGGUGGAAUAUAAUAACUCUAAUUUGUCUAAUCAUAAUAUCGAAAAUGGUGAAUUUUCAAUUAUAUCAAGAACAGAUGACGAAAUAAUUUUGAGGAAGCGCUUAAAUGUUAGCGAAUGGGAAUAAUAGAAACAUAUAUAGAUAGAUAGAUACUAAUUUGAUUUGAAACAGUGUCAUAUUAUUAAACUUUUUAAUAUAAAAUAAUGCACUAUAAAUGAAUAUAGC